CUGGCAGGCACAGCCUAGGUUUGCCGCUGCUAGGUUUGCAGCCGGUGCCUGCAGCUCUGGUGGCCGGUGCGGGAUGCUCGCAGAUUCUCCGCGUCUCCGGAGCUUGCGUUCGGCUCGCGCAGAGCCAACUCGGCCCGGUCGGGGAGGCACCCCAGGGAUGCUGCUCCUGAGAAGUCCAGCGUCACAGCCUCGGGGCUCCAAAGGAAAAACCCGAGCUCUUGCAGGUGAAGCUGUGGUCCAUCCGCGGUCUUCCGGAGGCCGCCUGCGCAUCGCAUCACCGCCAGCCUCGGCCACGCAUAUUACCCCGGCACCGCAGGCGCACGGCGCGCAGGAGAGUGGGGACCACGGCGGGGAAAGCGCGAACCGAACACCGAGGAUGGACGCCCGCACCUGGCGUCUGAGCUGGCACUGUCUCCUCCUCCUGGCUCUCCUUGGAUCUACCCGGAGCGAAGGUGUGGAGAGCUGCGAAGAAGUUCGGAAACUUUUUCAGUGGCGACUUGGGGGAGCUGUCAAGGGACUACCGUAUACGCCGCGGGCAGGACCUGAUCUUCAGGUUUGUGUAUCCAAAAACCCAACAUGCUGUACCAGGAAGAUGGAAGAGAGAUACCAGAUUGCAGCUCGGCAAGAUUUUCAGCAGGUGCUUCAGACAUCCAGCUCAACAUUAAAGUUGUUAAUAUCUCGAAAUGCAGCUGCUUUUCAAGAGACCCUGGAAACGCUCAUCCGGCAAGCAGAGAAUUACACCAGCAUCCUUUUCUGCAACACCUACAGAAACAUGGCCUUGGAGGCUGCCGCUUCCAUUCAGGAGUUUUUCACUGAUGUAGGGCUCUAUUUAUUUGGUGCAGAUGUUAAUCCUGAAGAAUUUGUAAACAGAUUUUUUGACAGUCUUUUCCCUCUGGUCUACAACCAUCUCAUAAACCCUGGUAUGACUGACAGUUCUCCCCAAUACUCUGAAUGCAUCCGAAUGGCCCGCCAGAAUGUUAGUCCAUUUGGCAAUAUCCCCAAAAGAGUCAUGGGACAGAUGGGGAGGUCCUUGUUGCCCAGCCGCACGUUUCUGCAGGCCCUUAAUCUGGGCAUUGAAGUCAUUAACACCACGGACCAUAUGCACUUCUCCAAGGAAUGCGGUCGAGCUCUCCUGAGGAUGCAGUAUUGCCCGCACUGCCAGAGCGUCAUGCUCAGUAAGCCCUGUAUGGGGUACUGCCUCAAUGUCGUCAGGGGCUGCCUGGCCCACAUGACAGAGCUCAAUCCACACUGGCAUGCUUACAUCCGGUCCUUGGAAGAGCUCUCAAAUGCAAUGCAUGGGACCUACGACAUUGAGCACGUGCUCCUGAACUUCCACCUGCUUGUGAAUGAUGCUGUGUUACAGGCGCACCUCAACGGGCAGAAGCUACUGGACCAGGUGACUAAGAUUUGUGGCAAUCCAGUGAGGAUAGCGACACAGAGCCUCCGCUGUACCUCUGAUCCAAGCAAAGAGAAGCAUGGAGUGAGGAUCUCUACAAGGAAUGGGGAGGAGACGCUUGCCAACCGAAGAAAAGAAUUCAUCAACAGCCUUAGACUGCACAGGUCUUUCUAUGGUGGCCUGGCUGAUCAGCUUUGCAUCACUGAAUUAGCUGCUGUUGAAGGACGGCCCUGCUGGAAUGGGGAGGAUGUAGUGAAAAGCUAUGCUCAACGUGUGGUUGGAAACGGGAUGAAAGCCCAGUCUGGAAACCCUGAAGUCAGAGUCAGAGGAACUGACCCUGUGAUAAACCAGAUCGUUGAUAAACUUAAGCAUGUUAUCCAGUUGCUACAGGGUAGAUCGCCCAAACCCAACACGAGGGAGUUGCUUCAGCCAGGCAGUGGUGGCGGCAUGCUGGAACAAUCCAGUGGGGAUUGUGAUGACGAAGAUGGCUGUGGUGGAUCAGGGAGCGGAGAAGUCAAGAGGACCCUGAAGAUCACAAACUGGAUGCCGGACAACAUGAACUUCAGUGAUGUCAAGCAAGUCCACCGAGCAGACCAUGGAAGUACUCUGGAUAUAACUGGUGCAGGAUGUGCAUCGGGCACUGAGUCCAUGGUACUCACACUAAUGGGGAUGCUGGUGAUUCAUGGACUUUGGUAAUGGAACUCUUCUGUCUGGACAUACCAUACAGGAGUCCUGUUUUAUCCUAUAUCUCCUUAUGCUUGAAAUAGAAGAUUUCUUUAAAAAGAAUGAUUGAAUUUGGAACAAGUGUGUCAUGCUAGCUUCUUAGAAGCCAACUUGAAUGUCCACAGAGUACCUAGAAACCAAGAUUCUGACAGACGGUUUCAAAUUCCUGGCGUCUAACUUAAAACUUCGUAAAUUCUAACAUUAAAUCUUAAACUGUGAAAAGCUCAGAAGUGACUUUGAAUAAGAAGGAUUUGGUAUAUCUUUAAUUCUAUUCUUCUCAAUUUCAAACCCUUUCCUUUUAAAAUUGAGAAUGUCAUCAUUUGAAGAGUAUGUUUGCCAGGCUCAGAAAACAACUAGUAUUUCUUAAAGCACCGGGAAUAGAAAUAACAUUAAGUCAAAACACACAAUGGCGAGUAUUAUGCAUGCGUUUUUAAGUGAGUCUUACAUUUUUGCAAGUUACAGGAAAAAGUUACUAAAAGUCUGUGAGUUAUAAAGUAGAUUAGCAGGGUGAUUUCACAAAAGUUUACUGAAGAGCUUGACAAUGUUUGCCACUCUAGCUUCGCCAGUGAGCUUAGUAAUUUAGGGGUACCUAUUCUUUGUAGCAUCAAGUCCCUGUCCCCUCCUUUCUUUUUACCUAAAAGAUCUAGUUAUGUCUGAAAGCACACUUGUUAACUCCAAUAAAGCUGUUGAUUAUGUGAUGAGAAA